AUGGCAUCUCAAAAGCUUUUCGAUUCGUAUCCUGCUUUUCCAAAUCAUGUUCCGAUUGCAGACGUGGAGAAGAUCUCUUUGGCCAAAUUGACGGCUGGAGACCCAACGGAGGUUUCGCGUAUGUUUAGCGCAUGCACGGAACUGGGAUUCUUAUUGCUCGAUUUGAAGAACGAUGAGGUAGGAAUGAGUUUGCAGAAAGAUGUUGAUGUCAUGUUGGGUCUUGCGAAGGAGGUUUUUGAUCUGCCUUACGAGGAGAAAACUGUGUACAAUCAAGUUCCUCCUCAAAAGCUUGUUGGUUACAAGGCAGCAGGUGUGAUGAAGACGGAAACGGGACAACCUGAUCAAUGCGAAUUCUUUAGUAUCAGUCGAGAUGAAAUGCUAGGCACCGAGCCCAUGGGCGAAAACCCACGAGUCAUCCACGAAAACCGCACCCACAUAAUCUCGUAUCUCAACCACAUAAACAGCAUCGCACAGAUUCUACUUGCGUCUAUCGACUCGCAGCUCGGUCUACCUGAUGGCACAUUGUCAUCCCUGCAGAAAAUCAAUAUGCCAUCCGGUACAGUAAUUCGUAUGAUUCGAUAUGCUUCACAAGAUCCCUCCGCUCGUCGCACCGCUCUACUUCCCCACACAGACUACGGUUCCAUCACUCUACUCACCAGCAUUCUGGGGGGUCUCCAAAUCCUCCCUCGCGACAGCGACGAACACGACUGGCGCUACAUCAAGCCGGAACCCGGCUGUCUAAUCGUAAACUUGGGCGACGCAAUGGUCGAAUGGACGGGCGGAGUCUUACGCUCGAAUCUUCAUCGCGUAACGUAUGCACCUGGCGCCCAAGCAGAAUGUACAAGACAUAGUAUAGCGUAUUUAGUUAGACCCGAACGUGAUGUAUCGAUGAAGAGAAUUGUGGGCGGAAGAAUUCCUGAGGUAAGACAUGAUGAAGAGGAAUUGGAUAUUACGGCUAUGGAGUGGGAAAUGAAAAAGGCAAUGGCGUUAAAGGCUGGGGCUGAUAUUGCUAAGACUCGGGGCGGAAGGCCUAUGAAACCUUUGUCUGUGUAA